GGUGUGUACUCCAGAUACAGGUGUUUGCUAAAGGAUAGCUGCCCCCUGGGUGUGCAGCCACUGACUGGAGGGGACAGAUGCAUAAAGAACCCCAGCAGCAGAGCAGGCUCCAUCCUCCAAGAGAGCCCUGAGGCUGUGCCUGCUCAGGAGAAAGCCAGGCUCCAGAAGCAACAUGUCUCAGCUGGAAACUGCAAUGGGAAUGACCAUCGCUGUCUUUGACCAGUAUGCAAGGACUGAUGGCAACAGGCAAACCCUCAGCAAAGCAGAACUAAAGACUCUGCUGGAAAAGGAGCUCCCAAAUUUCCUCGAGUUCAUCCAGACAAGCUAUGGACCCCUUAAAAACACAACAGCAUUGCUGCUGCUGCUCCUGGUGCCCCAUGAAGCACAAGAACAGGAGUGGCACAGCUAUGGAGGCUGCAGAAUGCUUGGCAGGACAGAGCUGUCCUUGUCCCUCCAUGCCCCCAGCUCAGAGGAAAGGCACAGCAGUGCCUCAUUCUCUGGACCAGGUUCACCUGCUGCCAGCAGAUGUGAGGGCAGAAGCAGUGCUGGGGUGCACCUACAAUGCCUGUGCUAAGAAACAGCACAGCAAGGAUACCAAGGCAACAAUUCCUGAACCUGGAUGCUUGGGGACCUCCCAGGAGUACCCUGGACCUACACUCUGCAGUCAUCUGGGAGCCGAAGAGAUUUAUUCUUGCAGAGCCAGGCUGUGCUAACAGAAAGUAGAACAGGCAUUUUGAAAGUACUUGUUUCAGGCUGAUGUAUGGAAGAGUCAGAGAGAGAAUUUCCAGUGCUGAGCAUGAGGACAAGGUCGUAAAUAAGAAGGCACACAGUAAAGCUCCAGCAAAUGCCUGCACCUACUGCUACAUUGCUAAGCAGGAACUCUGAGGCUGUGCCAGAAAUCCUGGUGAAUACAUCCUGAAAUUUGAGAGGAUACAAUGACUGAAUGACAAAGAUUUCUUUCCAAGACAAUGAGGGAGGGAUGACAAGUUUUUUCCCGUCACUUAUAGGCACAGGCCAAGCUGUGAUAAUUUGUGAGUCCACCUUCAGUGCUUUUUCAGACCUUGUGGUUGACAAUAAAAAAAAGUGAAACCUGUGAGUUCCUGCCUACUAAAAACUGGAGUAAAUCCAGAGCAAUGUCUCAAUAGGUCAUAAACAAGCCUGUAAAUAACUGCUGAAAACCUGAGCUGUGUUAAAACUGGUGAUAUGUGAUUAAGAAAAGCUCUUGUUCCCCUCAGCCAGGUGACAUGCUGCCCCCUCCGUGGGGAUGGCUGGGACACAACAGUUGACUUGGCAACUGCUGCUGUAAUAAAAUAUUUUCCCUCUAGAUCAGAAAGCAAUAAAAACAUAGUGACAAAAUGCGCCCUGCAUUUUUUUCUCAUGUAAUAAAUCUGCUUUUUAUAUU